AUGCGAACAAAUUCUGUUUCUAUUGAACAAGAUAAUAAACUUAAAGAAGCUUUUGCUUUAUUUGAUCGAGUUGGUAGUGGUGUAAUUCGAACAAAAGAUCUUGAACAUGUUAUGCAUUCAAUUGGAUAUCAGGCAACAUCAGCUGAAUUGGAACGAAUGAUACGAGAAGUUGAUCUAGAUGGCGAUGGUCUUAUAAAUUUUAAUGAAUUUAAAUUAAUGAUGAAUCAUAAAGGUGAAAAUCGAUUAGAAAUAUUUAAUGAUGAACUUCUUAAUGAAGCAUUUCGUAUAUUUGAUAAAGAUGGAAAUGGUUUUAUUACUGAAAUAGGACUUCGUUCUGUAAUGAGUAAUCUCGGUGAACAAUUAACCGAUGAUGAAAUCAAUGAUAUGAUUCGAGAAGCAGAUUUAGAUGGAAAUCGUCGAGUAGAUUAUGCUGAAUUUUCAGCAUUAGUUCGUCGUCUUCUUCAAAUAGAAAAUCAUUCAACAACUUUAAUGGCAGUCAAUAGCACAGGCGCAUAUGAAGGUCGAGGAAUAAUUCCAUUUAUAGAUGAUGAUACUGAAGAAGAUAUUAUUAAUCAAACGAAUACUAAGAAUAGAAAAUAA